AAUCACCAUCUAGAAUGGUGUUGUCUAAAGUCAGAUAGGAAAAAAUGCCUCUUGAAUGGCUUCAAUAUGUAACCACAUCACUGGAAAGACGUUUUUGGAAUCUUCUAGUAAGCAGUGUUAGUUCAUUUAAGAAUACAUAUCGAAACAUGAAGCAUUUCUCCAGUAUCGAAAGAGUGCAAGCAGAGAAUAUUAGAUAUAAGUCUAAUUUUUUCUCUAUCAUCACUUUUUGGUAUACACUACCAAUUUUCAACAAAGGUAGAAAAAGAGAUAUAACAGAAGAAGAUUUAACAAAACCUCUUAAUCGUCACAAGUCUCAGCUUUUGGGCGAUAAAAUAUCGAGAAUUUGGAUCAAACAUAAGAGGCCCAGCAUGACUAAAACAAUACUCAGGACAUUUUACUCUGACAUUAUCUUAUAUGGCUGCAUCUUAUUUGUAAUGGAAAUGGUUGUAAGGUUAUCGCAGCCCCUGUUUGUAGGCCUCUACAUAAGGUAUUUCAACCCGGAAAAUUUGCAAAGGCUAGAAAGAGGUGAUCCCAUUUAUCAACCAACUUACAUCGCUAGACUUUGGAGUUACUGGACCCCUCAAAGUCCAAUUCAAAAAACUGAAGCCUACUUUAUGGCAUCCGGUAUAAUUUUGUGCAGUGCUCUCGUUAUCUGCACCUUCCAUCCGUUUGCGAUGGAGGUUUUACAUGUUGGGAUGCAAAUGAGAGUGGCAUGUUGCUCGUUGAUUUAUAGAAAGGCGUUAAGAAUAAAGUUAACAUCAUUAGGAGGUCAAACAGUGGGUAAUGCAGUGAAUUUAAUGUCGAAUGAUGUGAAUCGUUUCGAUAUGGCACCUAUAUUUCUUCAUUAUUUAUGGAUCGCCCCUUUACAAGCAAUAUGCAUAGUCUACUUCCUGUCCAAAGAAGUAGGAAAAUCUGCUUUCCUUGGAAUGUUAGCUAUCGCUAUUGUAGUACCUGUUCAAGUUUGUUUUGGUAUACGACUAGCGAGUUUAAGAAAGAAGGCCGGAGCUAGAACAGAUAACAGAGUAAGACAGAUGAACGAGAUAAUACAGUCAAUGCAAGUGAUAAAAAUGUACGCUUGGGAAAACGCAUUUUCGGACCUCAUCCGCGAUCUGAGGAAGAAGGAACUGAAAUAUCUGCUUCAAACUUCGAUCGUGAGAGGUAUGAUAAUGUCGUUCAUCAUGUUCACGACCAGAUUCGGAAUUUUCAUCACAGUGAUGUCCUACGUGUUAGACGACAACGAAAUUACGGCCGAGAAAGUAUUCUUAGUUACGUCGUAUUAUCAGGUUUUAAGGCAGACGAUGACUGUAUUUUUUCCGCAAGGAGUCGCGUUGGUAGCGGAAGCAUUUGUAUCGAUAAAGCGAAUAGAGGAGUUUAUGUUGACUGAAGAGACGGAUAUUGGUGAUCCAACACCUCUGGACGUAAACUGGCUGCAAAAACCUGAUAGAUACCCGAUGAAAAUAAAUCGUCCAUUAACUCCCGGAGAGCUACCUUCUGUGAUCAUAAAGCACGCGAUCGCGAAGUAUGGUAGUGACAUGUGCUUGCACAACAUAAACCUUGAAGUAUGGCCCGGAAAAUUGACAAUUGUUAUUGGACCGGUCGGUUCCGGUAAAACGUGUCUCCUCAAUUUGAUAAUGGGUGAAUUGGAACUCUUCAGUGGUAAAUUGAUCACUACCGGUACCAUUUCUUAUGCUUCGCAGGAAGCUUGGCUUUUUGCAGGUUCCGUCAGGCAGAACAUCCUUUUCGGCAGAGAAUUCGAUCUGAACCGAUACCGGGACGUGGUGAAGGUAUGCUCGCUAACCCGUGAUUUCCAACUGCUGCCUUUCGGCGAUCGAACAAUAGUCGGAGAAAGAGGAAUAUCGCUGAGCGGCGGUCAAAGGGCGCGUAUCAAUUUGGCCAGAGCUGUGUACAAACGGUCCGAGAUAUAUUUGCUGGACGAUCCGUUAUCGGCUGUCGAUAUCCAAGUUGGCUCACACUUAUUCGAGAAAUGUAUUAAAGAGUAUCUUGGAGACAAAAUCGUCGUACUUGUGACACACCAACUGCACUAUCUGAGAAGAGCUGAUCAGAUUCUUAUAUUGUGGGAGGGAGGAGUUCAGGCCAGAGGCACAUAUCAAGAGCUGUCGAAGACACAAGGUAGCUUCCAUAAUGUUAUGCAAGAAUCAACUUUACCUGAAGAAGAAAAAGAGAGCAAAAAAUUGUUCCGGCAACUUUCUAUCAGUAGUGCCGCUUUCAACAGUAUGAUUGACAUUGAAGGCAAAAAGGCGAAACCUUUGUUUAUCGCAGAAAUUACAUCAUUUGGAAAAGUGGACUUGGUCAAUUAUAAAGAGUAUUUCAGAGCAGGAGGAAAUUGGUGCAUUAUAUUGAUCAUGGUGAUGUUUUUCUUGGGUGCCCAGUGUUUCGCUAGCGGCGGAGACUUCUUUUUGUCUAAAUGGGUAACGUUAGAAGAAUUGAGAUAUCAUCACGGAGAUGCAUCGUCUAUGGGAUUUUACGAUAAGCUUUCGCGCCAAGAAUGCAUUUGGAUCUAUACUGCCAUCAUGCUCCCUACCAUUUUGGUCGCCAUAACGAGGUCAUUGAUAUUCUUUGCUGUAUGCAUGCGGGCUUCUAUGCGAUUGCACAACAGGAUGUUCAACAGCGUCGUUCAUGCCUCUAUGUACUUCUUCAACACGAACAACUCUGGAAGAAUUUUGAACAGGUUUUCGAAAGACUUGGGUUCUGUAGAUGAGCUUUUGCCCUAUGCAUUCAUAGAUACCGUACAGUUGUUGCUGAAUUUGACUGGGGCCAUUAUUGUUCUGGCGUGCAUAGAUGCUAUACUACUCGCACCAACAGCUGUGGUGGCCGUACUUUUCUAUAUAGUACGAACCGUUUACAUCAAAACGAGUCGCAGCGUGAAACGGCUUGAAGGAGUCACGAGAAGUCCAGUGUUUGCCCAUUUGAAUGCGAGUUUACAGGGGCUAGCGACUAUUCGAACCAAUUUACAAGAACAAGUGCUCGUCAAUGAAUUCGACAGCCUGCAGGAUGUGCACAGUAGCGCUUGGUUCAUGUUCUUGGGAUGUUCCAGGGCGUUUGGAAUGUGGGUCGACCUGAUCUGUACCCUGUAUAUCGGCUUAGUUACAUUCAGCUUCAUUUUGUUGUCUGAUUCGUACAACGGUAGCGACGUAGGAUUAGCUAUAACACAGUGUAUUGGACUGAGUGGAUUGGUUCAAUGGGGAAUGAGGCAAUCAGCAGAAUUGGAAAAUCAGAUGACUUCGGUAGAAAGAGUUUUGGAAUUCACUAGAAUUGAACAUGAACCAGACUUAGAAUCGGCACGAGACAAGAAACCUCCAGCGUCAUGGCCAAGAUACGGACGAAUCGAAUACAUAGACGUUUCCAUGAGGUACAGCCAGCUGGAACCACCUGUUUUGAAGCACUUGAACAUAGUGAUUAAUCCACGUGAAAAAAUUGGAAUUGUUGGACGAACAGGCGCUGGCAAAUCAUCUUUGAUUUCGACAUUGUUCCGGCUAGCGUACACCGAAGGUCAGAUCUUGAUCGACUACCUGGACAUCAGCGUAUUAGGGCUGCAUGACCUCAGAAAAAAGAUUUCAAUCAUACCACAGGAACCUGUUUUGUUUUCCGGCACCCUGAGGCAUAAUUUAGAUCCAUUCCAUGAACACAGAGAUGAAGAUAUUUAUCGCGCACUCAUGGAUGUAGAACUAAAAAAUGCCGUACAAAAAGGAAUGGACUGCUUGAAUGACGUAAUGACCGAAGGAGGCAUCAAUCUAAGUGUCGGUCAAAGACAAAUGGUAUGUCUAGCGAGAGCCAUACUACGGGGAAAUAUCAUAUUAGUGAUGGACGAGGCUACCGCAAAUGUUGACGCGGCCACUGACAAGUUUAUACAAACCACUAUCAGGACGAAAUUUGCGCAUUGUACCGUUCUGACAAUUGCUCAUAGGUUGCAUACCAUCAUGGAUUCCGAUAGGGUUUUAGUAAUGGAUGCCGGACAAGCUGUUGAGUUUGACCAUCCUCAUCUGUUGCUUCAGCAAAGAGAUGGAUUCUUUUUCGAAUUGGUUAGAAAAACAGGACCGGGUGUUUCGGAUAGACUGAAAAAAGUCGCACAAUUGGUAAAUUAUCUAUUUUCGCUUUUUAGAAAAAUAAUAUUCGAUAACAAGGGAACAUAAAUAGCCCAUAGAAAGUCGAAUAGUUCUAUUACCCAUUCUAAGAGAUGUUGACGCUUCUCAACAAUUCAUCCAUUUUCUGCAAAAUGUUUUUGAGUUUUUCAUAUUAUUAAAUGGUUCAUCACAAAAUUAACUUCGGCUUUAGAAAUAAGACUGAUGACAUGAAAAGCGAAUUUUCUGAAGGAG